AAACACAAAAAUUCAAAUCCAUGAAUAAACAAUGAGCUAAAAAUCAGGAUAAUCAUAAGAUUCUCCAUUAACAUACAACAUAAUCACACGGUAAGUUGAGCAAUGAAGUUUCUUGGACACCAUCGAGGCAGGCGAAGGACGACCACGGCGAAAAUGGUAGACUCGUUCACCUUCAUCACCAGCUCGGCAACGCGGCAAACACAACAGUUGUCUGAAAACAAUUAAAAAAUCCUACCAAAAUUUCAUAUCAUAAAUCUUCUCUUUUCCCACAAGAUUCAGUCCAUUCCUACAAUUCAAUCUCAUCCCCAGCCAGAUCAAAUAAUUUCUAUCAAAUCAUGACCGAGUCCAUCCAUCCAAACAUCUGAUCAUUUCAGCCCAUUGACGCCUUCAGUUGACUUCGAUUUGAGAUUUAAAUUGCUGUAAACAUUAUAAGCGCAGAGUUUUCUGUGAGCAUUUUCAGAAUUCAGCCGAUUGUAGCCCCGAUUGGAGAGCUGUAAAUGGUGUUUGAGAAGAAUCCAGAUUGUAAAUACCAGUGCCGUCAGCUGGUUUUUCCCAUGUCAAAUUGUUGUGAUAAUUAAGCAGUUUUAAAGAACAGAAUCCAGCAGUUGGGAUUUCAUGUUUUUCAGCUGAUUAAUGAAACAGUUGCACGCCAUUCGAGGAUUCCGCGGCGGUUUUGAUUAACACGGAUAAUUUGCUGCAAUUACGAGUACGUUUUCGAUGAAUCCGAGAAAGAGAGCUUUGUGAAGCGGGCCGAGAAUGCAGCAGAAUCUGUAGCAUGGUCAUCCGAUUCCGCAAGGACAAUUCGAGGAUGCUGCUGAAGAAUAAAACCGCUUGAAAAGAAAUCCAAUGGGCAACACUUGCGUAGGAACCGGCCUAAACAACGAGAAAAACGGCUUCUUUGAGACUGUGUCGGGAUCUCCUUUCAGAUUCUGGAGAGACCAGAAAAGCAACGAAUUCAACGACAUGGACAACACCAACAAGAGCAGCACCAGCAGCAGUCACAACAACACUGAUACUAAUAACGCUAGUACGAAUACUAAUACUAAUAACAGUACUAAUGAUCAUAUGAGGGAUGAGGAGGAGGAGAAAAAACAGGUGCAGAAGAAGCCGCCAGAGGCCGUGCAGAUGACAGAGGCAGUUGUAACAGUUCCUGUGGUGGUGGUACAGAAGCCUGCACGGCCCAAGGAGGCAGAGCCUGUACGGCCGCCGCCGCCGACGAAUUUCUCUGUCGACAGACGGAAUUUGAAUUCAAAUGGGUCGGCCUCCUUUUCUGUUCUGCAGCGGCGCACACAGACUCUGAAGAAUAUUUACACUGUGGGGCGCCGCUUGGGGCAGGGGCAGUUCGGGACUACUCAUCUGGCUGUGGAGAAAUCUAGCGGUAAAGAGUUUGCCUGUAAAUCGAUUGCCAAGAGAAAAUUGACCUGUGCUGAAGAUGUGGAGGAUGUGAGGAGGGAGAUUCAGAUAAUGCACCAUCUGGCUGGGCACCCCAAUGUGGUGACGAUUGUGGGGGCAUACGAGGACAUGACGUCGGUGCAUCUGGUCAUGGAGCUCUGUGGCGGUGGUGAGCUUUUUGACAGGAUUAUUCAGCGGGGUCAUUACAGUGAGAGAAAGGCGGCGCGUUUGAUCAAGGUUAUUGUUGGGGUUGUCGAGACCUGCCAUUCCUUGGGCGUUAUGCAUAGGGAUUUGAAGCCCGAGAAUUUUCUCUUUUCCAAUAAAAAAGAGGAUAGCCCUCUCAAGACUAUUGAUUUUGGAUUGUCCGUCUUCUUCAAGCCAGGUGAAACAUUUAGUGACGUAGUUGGUAGCCCUUACUAUGUAGCUCCUGAGGUGCUGCGCAAGCAUUAUGGUCAAGAAGCUGAUGUAUGGAGUGCUGGAGUCAUUCUAUACAUUCUAUUGAGUGGAGUUCCACCAUUUUGGGCAGAAACUGAGCAAGGCAUCUUUGAACAGGUCCUACAGGGCGAACUUGAUUUUGCCUCAGAUCCAUGGCCUAAGAUUUCAGAAAGUGCAAAGGACUUAAUUAGAAAAAUGCUUGUUCGAAAUCCUAAGAAGAGGUUGUCUGCUCAUGAUGUCUUAUGUCAUCCUUGGAUUCAGGAGGAUGGUGUUGCUCCAGACAAACCUCUUGAUUCUGCUGUGUUAUCUCGAUUGAAACAAUUUUCUGCAAUGAACAAGAUUAAAAAGAUGGCUCUGCGGGUCAUAGCUGAAAGAAUGUCAGAAGAUGAAAUUGCUGGUCUAAGGGAGAUGUUCAAGAUGAUAGAUACAGACAACAGUGGAACAAUCACUUUUGAAGAACUUAAGGAGGGCUUAAAAAGAGUAGGCUCAAAUCUCACGGAAUCAGAAAUACGACAGCUCAUGGAUGCGGCUGAUGUAGACAAUAGUGGUACUAUAGAGUACGGUGAAUUCAUUGCUGCUACCUUGAAUCUGAACAAGACUGAACGUCAGGAUCAUUUGUUUGCUGCAUUUUCCUAUUUUGAUAAAGAUUCAAGUGGGUAUAUCACUCUUGAUGAGCUGCAGGAAGCAUGCAAAGAAUUUGGUAUAGAUGAUGUCCGGCUUGAGGAAAUGAUCCAAGAAGUGGACCAAGAUAAUGAUGGGACUAUUGAUUACAAUGAAUUUGUGGCAAUGAUGCAUAAAGGAAACAAUGAUCUUGGAAGAAAAGGGACGCGAAACAAUUUAUCAAAUGGUUUAAGGGAUGCAUUGAGACUUGGUUAAAAUUUAGCAGGUAUCUAGUUUCCAUUUUAACCCAUACCCUGGCCACCCGUACGACUUGGUUUUGCAGCAUAUAGCACAAAGUUGAUAAUUUUUCUCUUGGCUAAAUGUAAAGUAUCCUUCCUAUGUAGAGAUGUGAGUUCAAUUUUUACUGGAUUCAAUUAAUAGAUGAUAUAUUUUAAGA